CGUAAGAUGGUACACCCGGCGACACCUGCUGCCCAGAGACUUACAGGUCGCAGCCGAGAAAACACAGUAUCGCGGUUCGCAGUGUCCUCGGACAUUUCCCCUCAGUGAUUCGCAGUGAAAGUUUGCAGAGCUCUCUUGUCGUAGUGCGGGUUCAGACUGGCACAGCAGAGUUUUUGACGGUAUCUCUGUCUUGUUUUUUCGCUCCACGUGAGCUUUGAAGAUUUGAAACACACGGCUCUUCACUUGGACCAAGUAACUCCCAGCAACAAAUAAGCGCGCCAUGAGUGAGGAGGAGAAUAUGGGGUAUCGCGUGGAACUCUUCAUCUAUGACCUCAGUCGCGGCAUUGCCAAGACCAUGUCGCCGACGCUGCUAGGCAAGCAGAUCGAAGGCAUAUGGCACACGGGAGUCGUGGCCUACGGAAGGGAGUACUUCUACGGCUCCAGCGGCAUCGCGUCGUGCAGGCCGGGAGGAACAAUCCUAGGAGAUCCCGACCGAAUUGAGGAUUUGGGAGAGUCGCAAGUCCCUUACCAGCUCUUCCUCGAAUAUAUCUUUGGCCUUGGAGAAGCUACAUACAGGCCUGGUGCAUAUGAUUUGUUCAAACACAACUGCAACAACUUCAGUGACGAAGUGUCCCAGUUUUUGUGUGGCCACGGUAUCCCCAAGCACAUUCUGCAGCUUCCAGAUGAAGUGUUGAAUACUUCACUUGGAGAAACACUGAAGACUGCCUUGAAGGACUUGGAGAUCAAGUCCACAGACUCAAGAAAAGUUAACUUUGCAAAUUUCAACAACAAUUUGCAUAGCUACAUCCCAUCUGAGGUGACAUCACAUAGACACGACGACUCACCUGAAUUGGAGGAGUUGAAUAAUGCUAUAGAUCAGAUCAGACAAAACGGAAUCAUACUAGAAGAUCGCCGCAAUUCCAUAAAUGAAAAGAUAAUCAAAAAGGAAAAGAAGAAGAAAGACAAGAAAGAAAAGAAGGAAAAGAAGGAGAAAAAGGAGAAGAAGAAGAAGUCCAAGUCAAGUGGAGACACCUCAGAAGAAGGCAAGAAGAAGAAAAAGAAGCAUGUCACUCAUGUUGAGUCAAUAGAGGAGCAACAGAAUUCCCCUUGCUGCUCAGGCCUACAGUCUGCUUCUCACUCCCGACACAACUCAGAAGGAGAUAAUCCACAAGAGAUCUUGCCAGACCCUCUACAGGAGGUAACUGAGUCUCUGGAAGGGCUCGACACAGGCAGAACUUCGGUUGAAAAUUCAAGCAGUGGGGAGAUUGUAUCGACAGAGCCAGAGCCUUUUGAGCGUCUUCCAUCUCCCAGCAGCAGAGGUGCCACACCCCAGCCUGAAAGCAGACUUGUAAACACAGAGACUGUUACUGAAGAAGGUGAAGCAGCUGCUGUAGAAGGCACAAUGGCAGACUCUGCUCAAGAGGUACAGCCUGAGGAAGUCGCACCUGCUCAGGCCCCAGCCAGAGAGUCACCUCCCCAACAACCUGAACCUGAAGUAGAGCGUGAACCUCCUAUUGUCUUCAAGGAUGAACUGGAUGCACCAGCUGAAUUUGAGGGGUUAGCAGCCAGUGUUGGAAAUAUUCUCAAUCCUGAAGAGAAAGAACAUCUGAAUGAACUUCGUGCUUAUGUGGUAGAAGAUGAAGGAUCCUGGGCCCUUGGUGAAAACUUCAGUAUUUUGUUUAACCGAGUACUUCAUGAUCCAAAUGUGCCAGAUGAUGCACGUCUUCACCUUGUUCGACUUAUGGCUGCUGCUGCCCUUAAAGAUGAUGUUAUUUUGCUGCUUCACCAGGACCGCAAAGACCACACAAUCAUGAAUUAUGCUAACAAGGUUGAAAGUCUGCCACCCAUUCACCAAGAAUCUUUAGCUCUCUUCUUCUGCAACAUGUUUGAGCAUCUGAGUCCAUCGGAGUGGUUGCUAUAUAUCAGUGAGUGGCAAGAUGGAGGUCAGCAGACCAGCAACAUCCGAGUUACUACAAAAGUUGCUGUUAAUGCUCUUCUACAUCAGAAUCAAAGGGUUCAAGAAUAUGGCACAGCACUCAUGUACAACCUAGGUACGAAAGAGGUAAAAACUGUAGUCUUUGAUGAUGUUGCUCCUGAGCUGGCUAUGGCAAUCCUUCAGUACCUCAAUAGCCAUCCCCCUGAGGAGCUUUUAUGGAGAACAAUGACAGCUCUUUGCAGAUUCUGUUACUCCUCCACUGAAGUGCCAGCUCUGAUCAAAAUGAUUGGUCCCCCUCCUUCAGCUUUCAAGGGUGUCAGUGAACGAAUUGAUAACAUUAUUGAAGAAGUUGACGCCAAACUUAGCCGUGUCAGAGAUUUCUAAAAUUGUUUCAUUAAUAUUAAUAUAUUUUGUAUUUUGAAAUAUAAUACUGUUGUUGUAUACAGUGCAUGAACUUGUAAAUAAUUACGUAGAUGCUUUGUUAUUUUUGUGAUGAAUUAUCUCUCCAUCUGUUUAAGUCAAGUCCUUUAAAAUAAUGAAUGAGCUCUUUUGUAUGUGUAAAAAGUGUUUCAUGUAUUGAACAUAAACAAAAUUGUGUAACAAGCAUAUUAACACAAUAUUCCCAGUUCUGGGACAAGCUUUGAUACUUACUAAAUAAUUUAAUUUUUUUUUCAAGAAUUGUAAGUUAUGUAUCAUUCAACUAUCAUGUAUUAUAACUAAAGUGAUUUCAUAGAUCCCUCCAACUAUGUUUGUUUCUCACUACCAUAAUUUGCCAUUUUUCGUAACAUACACUUGAAGUCUUUGAUGUGAAAUGACCCAUUUUAUAGCAAUAUACUGUGUCUGGAGUUUCUUUUUAAAAUAUAAGCUCUUUUAUACUUUUCUUCUCUCAGAGGAAACUUUUUUGUGUGGAUGUGUGUGUAACAGAAUAAACUCAAGUGUGCAAGGUAUACCAUGUUUUCUGCAGUUUGCAUUGCCUAAGGAAGUAUGACAUGGAUUGGGCUUAUUCAGUUUGUAUACUUUCCUUUAACAUAUGUAUCUAUCUGUUGUUUUCAUUUAGCAUUUUCUACAGCAGAAAAAUUGGUGGAUGUAUUUGUUUGCUUAGUGAAUGAGUGAAUGAUGUACUGUUUAUAUAUUUGGGUUUGUAUUCUGUUAUAGCUAGGCAGUAACAUUUUGUAUACUUUCUGUAUGAAUAGAUAAUACACAUAUUAAGUUGUA